AUGAGGGAAAAACAGAGGAGGGGAGCAGAGGAAAGGAGCAGAGGAAAGGAGCAGAGAAGGGGAGCAGAGGAGGGAAGCAGAGGAAAGGAGCAGAGAAGGGGAGCAGAGGAGGGGAGCAGAGGAGGGGAGCAGAGGAAAGGAGCAGAGAAGGGGAGCAGAGGAGGGGAGCAGAGGAGGGGAGCAGAGGAAAGGAGCAGAGAAGGGGAGCAGGGGAGGGGAGCAGAGGAGGGGAGCAGAGGAAAGGAGCAGAGAAGGGGAGCAGAGGAGGGGAGCAGAGGAGGGGAGCAGAGGAAAGGAGCAGAGAAGGGGAGCAGAGGAGGGGAGCAGAGGAGGGGAGCAGAGGAAAGGAGCAGAGAAGGGGAGCAGAGGAGGGGAGCAGAGGAAAGGAGCAGAGAAGGGGAGCAGAGGAGGGGAGCAGAGGAGGGGAGCAGAGGAAAGGAGCAGAGAAGGGGAGCAGAGGAGGGGAGCAGAGGAGGGGAGCAGAGGAAAGGAGCAGAGAAGGGGAGCAGAGGAGGAAAGCAGAGGAGGGGAGCAGAGGAAAGGAGCAGAGAAGGGGAGCAGAGGAGGGGAGCAGAGGAGGGGAGCAGACGAAAGGAGCAGAGAAGGGGAGCAGAGGAGGGGAGCAGAGGAGGGGAGCAGAGGAAAGGAGCAGAGAAGGGGAGCAGAGGAGGGGAGCAGAGGAGGGGAGCAGGAGGAAGGAAUGUGGAGGUGAAGCAGAGGGGGCAGGUGAAGCAGAGGGGGCAGGUGAAGCAGAGGGGGCAGGUGAAGCAGAGGGGGCAGGUGAAGCAGAGGGGGCAGGUGAAGCAGAGGGAGCAGGUGAAGCAGAGGGGGCGGGUGAAGCAGAGGGGGCGGGUGAAGCAGAGGGAGCAGGUGAAGCAGAGGGGGCAGGUGAAGCAGAGGGAGCAGGUGAAGCAGAGGGGGCAGGUGAAGCAGAGGGGGCAGGUGAAGCAGAGGGAGCAGGUGAAGCAGAGGGGGCAGGUGAAGCAGAGGGGGCAGGUGAAGCCUUUUCCAGACCGAGCCGGCAUACGGGGCGGACGUGCUGCGGCUGUGGGUGUCAUUGGUGGACUACAGUGGCGACGUGGUGAUCGGGCUGACCAUCGUGAAGCAGAUGAGCGACGUGUACCGCAAGCUAAGAGGCACUCUGCGCUUCUUGCUCGGCAACCUGCACGACUACCAGGUCAGCUGGCAGGGGCUGCAGGAGCUCCCUCCAAGGCAGUGCCCUACGCCAGCCUGCCUGCCCUGGACCGCUAUGCACUGCGCCGGCUGGCUGAUGUGAUGCAGGACGUGCAGCAGAGCUACGAUGACUUCCAGUUCUACCGCUUCUACCAGUUCGGCAGCAUGGAAAACCUGGCUGCGCGAGAAAGCUGA